CGUCAGAAACGCAAAAUUCACACAAACUCGAAAGUUCAUCACGUUAGAGAUUUCAGCGUAGUAAGAGCAAAAGCAACGCGAGACCUCCAAGACAUUUAUUACUGGAAGUUACAUCGUGCCUAUAGCAAUAGAGAGAAGUGUAAACAAGCUCAACACAAGCAGACAACAUGGAGGAACUAAUUUGGAUCAUUAUAGUCAGCGUCGCUGGAGGAAUCAUUUUACUUGCGCUUAUGGCGUUUAUUAUCUAUAAAUGCUGCUGUAAAAGUCGAAGGAGAAAUAACGAUGGAAACGCCAAUGGGCAAAACGGCCAUACCUGGCAAGCCCACGACAAGGAUGUUGAACUUGCAGACGAAGAGGAACCACGAGAGAAAUUGAAAAAAGAUGGAUUGUGUGAAGAAACAGAAGCCGGCUGGACAUUUCCACGAAGAGCAAAGGCUGAAGACCAAAAUCCCGAGCCCAAAACAGAAGACGGACUUCGUGAAGAUACAGAGAUGGGGUUCGCCUACCCCAGAAGAGGUAGAACAGAAAACGAACUCCUAUUACCAACGGAUACAAAUAAUCUGUCUGCAUCUGAGACUGCCCUUAAAUCUGUAGUACCAAUUGGAUUUAUGCCGAUUACAUCUUCUGGAGGCAAAGAAGGAAGAAAUGAGAGAACUAAAACCGACGUCCAAGACCACCGCGCUGAACAUGAAAACUCAAAGGAAAAAGUAAAGGACAAAGAGAGCUCUUCUGAUUCGACUUCUGAUUCAGACAACGAUGAAGAACAUCAAAAUGGAGCCCAACACUUAAUAAAAACCCCAGACAAGAAAGGAAGGAGAGGUAAUCGUAAAAGGUCAUUUGUACAGAAAAAAAGAUCCAAUUCUCUCCAUUACUCGCUGGAAGAAAUCCCCGAAUACAGCAAGCCAAUCAAAAGAUCUGUCUCUAACCCCAGUAUUGCAGCAAGGGAGAGAAUGGUACAGAAAGACAAACGCUUUGAGAGCUUUGAGACGUGGAGAUCAACGAUUCCGAUCCCAGAACCGGAUCAUCAAAAUGAUUUUGCAAGCAAACGCUCAAAUGAAGAAGACGACCAAGACAAUGCUCCUCCAUCGUACGCAACGAGUGACUCUGGGGUAGAGUGCCUUGAUGCUCUCUCGGGACAUGACGAUGAGAGUAUAAAUCAAAGCGACAGUGUCCCCGAAUCACCAGGAAUCCCAUCGCAGCUAAAAGAUGAGACCUCUUUCUCAUCUUUCAAAGAAACGACAAGCUACAGAGAGAGGACGGAAAUGAGAUACCAAGAAUCUAAACCAAUUAUGCAUACCACCGAUCAAGGCAUGAAUGGUUUCCAAAGUAACGCCCUAGUUAUGACGACAAAGGAUCACACCGCAUUAAUUGAUGUAAAUGCAGUGAAAGAUUCAUCAUUUCCAUUUGCUACGACGAAUCAACAAGGUAUCUUCUUUCAAAGCACUCCAACGGAGGACAAAUCUAAGGACAUUGCCUUGCCGUACAGUGAUCCAAAACUGGCUUUGAAAAGCGUAACUAGUCCAGUUUCGAAUAGCAUGAGUAGUUCAAGACAAAAGACGAACGAAAAAAUUCAGACAAAAGAAGAGCAAAUGGACUUCAGAAGUGUCAAACUCAGGCCAACUUCCACAAACUACGAGCAGAGCACCAAUACGUUCACUAUUUUGGGCUCAAACCAUGGAUACACAGCUGCAACGCCUUCUUCUGAGAACAAAAAAGAGCACCCUACAUCUCUCGAGCAACAAAGGCCGAAGAAUCAAGAUAUAGCGUCUCCUUGGCACUCAGGUCAAUCAAUGAUCAUCAACACAACAGACGGACCUAAGGAUCAUUACGUUCUUGGUUUCUCCAAAAACCAAGCCAAUGAUGCAGAAAGGAAUGUGAUACAGAUAAGUAAUCCAGAAACAGAAAAUCGGACAGAUUUUCACAGAGUUCAUCUCAGACAGACACCACAAAGCCUGAAGCAACAUAUUGCAUUUCGGGAAGAAAUGGAGCAACGUGAAUCGACAGAUACCCAAACACGCGAAGAUAAUUCAAACAGCGACGAGACAGAGAAAGAGAGCGAAACAGUUAUAGGAGUUCAUGAUGGGAUUAAACGAUUCCAGUCCCAAGCAGCACAGGUUCCAAAGCCGGUGUAUGGUUCGCAUUACAUAUCGAAAAAAGAUCCCAAUCAAAAACCUGUGAAUAUUGUCUCUAAAGAACCCGUACCCAAGAUGAAACCUGUCGACAAACCUAUCAGCAUCGUAGCACCCGAGCCACCUACAAUGGACAGAGAACAACACAAAACGUUUAUCAUAUCCUCGAGCAACACAGAUGCCGUCAAAGCUAAUCAAAAAGAAAACAUCCCCAUAACUAUUUCCAAGAAUGAGAGGACAAGACCUAUGAGCAUGAAUGAAUCUGUGGUUUCUGAAGACAGACGUCACAUCCGGUAUUCAACAGGAAACUUCAAUCAAAGUCAUGUCACUCUAGGAUUCAAAGAUUUACCGCCGAAAUCAAUGAUGGUUAUUCGAGGAUUAGACGAAGAGGAAAAGAAAAACACAACAUCGGGCAAGCAAGAUUCACAAGAGAAACCCGUGGCUGUUGUUCCCCCACAAAGUCCAAAGUCAAGAACAGAAACCCCAGAGGAUAGAGCCGCAUUUGAAGAAGAGAGAAAGAAGAAUUGGAAGCGGGAGCAGAUCGAGCAGAAACUAACGACUGCUCACCUCAGGAGUCAGGCACAGAAUCAACAGUUAAUGCAAGCAUCUGGGCUGGCCUACCGGCAAUGCAUGCCUGAGUUAUUCAGUAAGAUCAAGCAAAUUGGUGAAGAGAAGGACGAGGUACCCGUCGAAUAAUGCAAUGAAAACUGUUACUCACAGAAGAGAUGUCGUAUGAGUUGGAAACGUCCCGAACCAUGAUUUCCAAUCAAUCUAAUUUCAAUCGAAAGUGAGUGAGAAUAUGGACCAAAAAAACACAGUACAUAGGGCUUUUUCGAGAAUGCCAAACAAGGUGCAUUGUGGAAUAGCUUGGGAACAAAAAAAAAACGUUUGUACCCAAGAUUGAACCUUCUUUGGCGAACUCAUAAAAGUUCUAUAAGAUUGCAGUGUUAAGUUUGACUACGAUGGUGUUUGAGAUUUCCAUGAUUGACCCAGACUAUUCCAUAUUCAUGGAACGGAGGAGCAGAACAAAAAUAUCCGCAACCGGCAAAACCAAAAGUACUAGAAUUUACAGUAAUACAAACAGAAACACUGACUCGACGAGUAAAUACAUCAACUACCACAUCUUCAACGACAACAUGAUUCUCGAUCGAAAACAAAAACAAACUCUAAGACAAUUAUAGAUGGAUGAUACGACGACUUUUUGAAAUAGGUCAUUGCUAAAGGAUAUUUCGGAAAGUCUUCGGAGGCGACUAGUAAUAUUUGCAUCCAGGAAAACAUAAGGAUUCUGCCUCGUGUUCAUUACAAAGCUCAAGGCACAAGAAACGUUCACUUUCUAUAUAUACUUCAUAGGACUAUUACCAUGACGGUAAUUAAUGAUUAAUAUAAUCUAUAUUAGAUAUGUUAAAAAUGAAGAGAAGUAAGCCAUGUUGUGGAGCUAAACAAUACAAAUUUUCUCUUGUCAUGGGAAAACUUGCUUUGCUGUUGCCCUCCAACAUGGCGUCGUGAUACGUCACUUCAGAACUCUUAAUAGGGACUUUAAGAUUUGUAAAAUCUGCGACGGCGACGUCAACCGGAAGUGUAAGUUACUUCGCUUUGGGGUUUGGCGUCUUCAGAGUCUAUCUUCCCUGAGGAUGAGUUGACUUUACUGACAAUGUUUUGAAUGAAAUCUCCAAUGAACAGAACCCCAAAGAGAAAUUAUUUACACUUCCGGUUGACGCCGUCGUAGAUUUUGCAAAGUCCCUAAUAGCUUGUCAUAGUGUUUUCUCAUUUCAGAAUAUCAUUCUCUUGAGUAUUAAUCUUUAUUUUCGACGAGAUCAAACUCAAACCAAGAAUACUGUAAUAGAAAUGGGCAAAACGCUUUUUCUGUUUUUUUUUUUGUUUCAAUUCUCAUUGUUAAUUGUAUUAACAAUUUCGGAAUAAGGCAAGUGUUUACUAAAAUUUGCGAUGUAAAAUAGUUGAUCCAUUAUAUUAAUUGAUUGUGUUUUCUUACGCCUAAACAAAAAAUAUAUCUAAAAAAAACAAAAUUUUUCUCGUUAAGAAUAUACCGUGACUAACUCGAGUAGAUUUUUAAUUUUGGUUAUUAGGGGUGGGGUGGGUUAAGUUGGUUUAAGUCAGUUUUAGAUAUUAGAAAGUGGCGAGAUUAGUAGCGAGGUUAGUUUUAGUAAAGGCCGGGAGGGUUUAGUUGUAAUACACAAUAUGACUAUGGAAUGCCUUAACAGAUGUAUACACAGAUCUGGAAAUUUACGAAGCUUUUUUUCUAUUUCGAUAUUAUUACAAAAUGUUCCAGUUUCCAGUUAGAAAAGAAGAUUAACCCUUUAUGGAGAGGUCAGCCAUGUUGGAUGACAACCCAUUGGGUUAGCUGCUAUCCAACAUGGCGUCCAUCAUGAUUUUUAAAACCACCUCUGGAUAUAGAGAAAUAGUUCCUUAUUUUCUUCUAAGAAAAAAAAUCCUCUCUUUUUCUGAUCACUCGUACCUUAAUUAUAAUAUAACUGAAAACCACUUUGCCUCUCCACGCACAAACCCCCAACCCCCCUCCCCCAAUCCCUACCACACCUGCAAUGUACAUAAAGUAUUCCUCAAAAUAUUAGAAAAAUUGAAAACAAAAAAUGUAAAUUCCGAAGACUAGAACUAUAUUUAUUUCAUAUCCUAGUUGGCAGGCUUGACAAAAGCAAAUAAAAUAUUUUUGUUUA